AUGGUAGAAAAGAAGUCAUUGAUUGUCUUUCCACAUGUGCUCACACAUUUGGAGCGCCCGCAGUCGCACGGAUCAGCUGUGCGGCGUAUUUCAAAAGCUCUGCCGGGGCUACAGGCGGUUGUCGCGGGAUUUAUCCGCAGCGGCAAGUGUCUGGGCUUUGCUCACAGCAGCUCCAGCCGCGCCAAGUUCGGGGUGAAGCCGUGCACGGGCCGCGUGUCGCUCUCGGACGUGCGCAUGCCGCUCAUCUGGCGCGACACGGACCACUUCAAGAACAAGGGCGACUACCGACGCUUCGCCGUCUUCUGCCUGGCGCGCAUCGGCACCGAGAUCUACGACACCACGCUGCUCUGCCCCGUCGACCGAUCGCUCACCGACCUCACCUUCCCCGACGUGCUCGUCUUGUUAGAAACAAUUAUUCAACCAAGCAAAACUGCAUCAAAGGAAAUUACAGUUUCCAGCUUAUGUGAUGGCAAGGAUGAAUUAAUGAUUAUUCGCACCAAGAACACUGAUGAUCAACAGAACUGGAUAAGACACCUAGUGCAGCAUACAAAAGAUCACAGAAGGUGGAGGCAUGCAGCAGAAAAAUUAAUGGAAAUUCCAUCUUCCGGCUCAACAAGACAUUCCUUUGCGAGGCAGCUCCGUCAGGGAUCACUGUAUGAUGAGACACCACUUAUUGAGUCGGUGAGCUCAACAGAUUACCAUCGACCUACUGUACAAGAAAUAUUUGGUAUGUCGCCAUCCACAAGUCUUAGUUCUUGUGCAUCAUCAUCAUCCUCACCAACUUUCCGGGAGCGAUCUCUGAGUUCCGGUGUCAGUGCCAAAGGCAACACAGUACGAGGCAACUGGCCCUUCUCACGUAACAAUCAAGACUGAUGGCAGCCACAAAAUGGGCCUGUCAGUCCUCCAUUCCCAGUACUUCUGUCUUUCUACAAAAUGUUGAAGAGAGGGUGUAAAUUGUUCAAAAUUGUAGCGUGUUUUUCAUGCCAGAAGAAAUUAUUCCUUUUUUUCAGUUUUGUUACCUGAUUUUUCUAGACUUUGUAGUUUUAUGUAUUCACACUUAUGAGUAAUACUUGCCAUCAGCAGCAACGCUUAUUGUAUGACUGCACUUUUGUCAUUUUACUGAUAAAUGUACGCAGUACUUCAUUUGAUUUUGUUAUACAAGUUGAUAGGCAUGUACCUUUUUUACUGUAUUAUAUUAAGUUGUUGUAGAUAGUUUUUUUUCAUUGUACAAUAUUUUAUUUAAAUGUCGCAAUGCAGACAAAAUGCAAAUAGAAGAGUUGCACUAGAAUUAAUGGGAUGAGACUGCAUUCUCUGUGAAUCUGCUGCAGUUACUGUGCGUCUACAGCAGUAUGUUCUAAUUUACCGAAGCUGGCAAGAAUGCCAAUUAUGUGAGAUUUUAUUUGUUACUGCCUUGUGCAGAAGAAAGGUCUGACAGUCAGUACGCUGUCGAUUACUGUUUUUGGGUGUGAUGGAUGUUCAAAGUGUCACACAAUAAAUACUUGAAAUUCUUUGCAUCAUAGGUAGC